GCGACUUUGGACCUCGUUGGUGUGGAUUUGGAGAUAACGCCGUGAGAAGAUUCCGUAACGGGUUAGCUCAACAGCUCCACUGGUUACUUUUACCUAUCUCGCUGACGUCAGAUCCCACCGUCAGAGCUCACACUUGUAACUCCGUUUUGCUGCAUUUCCCCAGAAAAGCAAAAAAAAAAGGGAAAAGCUUUGUGUAGAGGGAGAGAGAAGGAAGAACAAGAAUGGGUUUGCUAACGAACAAGAUGGAGAGAGAGGAGCUCAAGGCAGGAGAUCACAUCUACACUUACAGAGCAGUUUUCGCUUACUCUCACCACGGAAUCUUUGUCGGGGGAUCCAAGGUUGUUCAUUUCAGACCUGAGCACAACCUUAAUUCACCUUCUUCUUCUUCCUCUGAAGACAUCUGCCCGACGUUUCCAGACUGUGGUUUCAGACAACCAAACAGCGGAGUGGUCCUUUCUUGCCUGGACUGCUUCCUCAAGAACGGCUCGCUCCACCGCUUCGAAUACGGAGUCAGCCCCUCGGUUUUCCUGACCAAAGUCCGCGGAGGCACCUGCACAACCGCGCAGUCGGACCCGACUGAUUCAGUCAUCCACAGGGCAAUGUACCUUCUCCAAAACGGGUUUGGCAACUACGACGUUUUCAAGAACAACUGCGAGGAUUUCGCGCUCUAUUGCAAGACGGGGCUGCUCAUAAUGGAUAAGCUGGGUGUGGGGAGAAGCGGUCAAGCUUCGUCAGUUGUGGGUGCUCCUUUGGCGGCAGUCCUGUCUUCUCCUUUCAGUCUGCUGAUUCCGAACCCCAUCGGUGUGGCGACGGUGACAGCUGGAAUGUAUUGUAUGAGUAGGUAUGCGACUGAUAUAGGCGUUAGAAGAGAUGUGGUGAAGGUUUCCGUAGAGGAUUUAAAGAGCAUUGAGGAAGCUGAAGGAGAAGAGGAAGAAGAUUCUGACACUGGCUUGGUUAGGGUGACUAUAUGAUCAUUUUGAGUCAGUGUUAAUGUCGUUAAUCAUGUUAUGGAGUGUUUUGUGAUGGAAUAGUGUCAAAGACUUUUAGCAAAGAAUCAAUAACUUGUAACACUCAAAUAAUUGUUGAGUUUGUUGUCAAA